CCAUCUCAAAGAUUAAGUCACAAAUAACUACAACCAUGAGAAACCUUGGAAAAACAAGUUACACCUUCAUCAUUUUUCUCCUACUCUUAUCCUUUCACUCCAAUGUCUCUUCCAAAAAGCUACUCACACCAAAGAAACCUUGCAAGCGCCUUGUGCUCUAUUACCAUGACAUCCUAUUCGACGGCUCAUACGCUGCCAACGCCACAUCGGCUAAGGCCACCAAUGCGAGUGCACUUGGUAACACUGAACUAGGAAUGCUAGUUAUCUUUGAUGAUCCGGUGACAAAGGACCAAUACCUUCACUCUCCUUCCGUUGCGAGAGCUCAAGGGUUCUAUUUCUACGACAAGAAAUAUUCUUACAACGCUUGGUUUGCUUACACUUUGGUUUUCAAUUCAAGCGAGCACAGAGGUACCAUAAAUAUAAUGGGUGCUGACUUGAUGGAUGAGAAGACAAGGGAUCUAUCGGUUGUUGGUGGAACCGGUGAUUUCUUCAUGACAAGAGGGAUUGCCACAUUAGAGACAGAUGAAGUGCAGGGUGUCGCAUAUUUUCGCCUCAAGAUGGAUAUCAAAUUGUACGAGUGUGCUUGGGAGUGAGAAAGUUAUGAAACCAUGCUUUAUUUAGAAUAAUUAUCUUUGAUAUGUAGUUAUUUUUCGAUGUUCAACUGGUUGGUUUCGAACUAGGACAUGUUUGUGUGGUUGGAACUUUUAAAACAACAAACCACUCAGAAAAUCGACCUUAAAUAUCUAUCACCUAAACAAUACUAUGCAUUUGCAAGAGGCAAUGCUUAAAAAUUAAUAAGUCGUUGCACUUUAAGAUGACUUCAUCAGAUCCAUUAUCCAAUAGGAUGAGUACUUGUAUUUUUAUUUCUCUUCCCUCUCAUAUAAU